UGUUGUAAUGUUGACAUCGCAAAACCAAAAUAGAAGGUGCAAAUUCCCCUCCAAGGCUGAUUUUUCGAUGAAUAUUUGCUGGUUUAGGGAAAUGAUCAAGAAGACUUGAACUGGAAACGUGUUGUUCAUUGUCCAGAGUAUCAUACGAUCAUGUCGGACUCUGAGAUAGAGAAGAUUGAAGUGGUAUCGAAUGAAGAAGUCCGCUUCCAGCGAUCCGAGUUUGCAUCUGUCAUAUUUCACAAUGUCGCUGACACCUACCCAGCAGAUGCCCAUGUAGAAUGCUCAUUCACACUUACCACCGACAUCAUCCCCUCCACCCGAGACUGGGUGGGCAUCUACAAGGUGGGAUGGAUGUCAUCCAGGGACUACAUCUACUACGAGUGGUCCCCUCUACCCAAGAACUAUGAACAAGGGAAGGAGACAGAGGCCACAAUACUUUUCCAAGCUCACACCUUGCCGAAAGAUGAUGGGGAAUUCUACCAGUUCUGCUAUGUGUCAAGUGCUGGACAGAUCCGUGGUGCAAGCACACCAUUCCAGUUCAAGCGACCGUGUGCUGGUGACUUCGUAGAGGUGGAGGACGAAGACACAGACAUGCUGAUCAUCAGGUCACGCACGCUGGUCCUGCAGGAGCAUCUCAAGAAGAAAGAGGAGGAGAAUCAAGACCUCAUGAAGUACCGAGACACCAUGUCCAAGGAGGUGACCAGUCUGGCCGACAAGAUCACGGAGCUGCAGAAGAAGCUGGACAAGUCAGAGCAGGAACAAAGAGAUGUGCAGAAACUGUACAAGGCCAACGAGAAGAAAAUAGAUGAAAUGUUGUCGGAUGCUAAUGAUAUGACACUGGUUCACGAUGAGCUACGGUCAAAGGUUGAUGACAAGGAGAAGGAGCAUCAGAGUCUGGAGGUGAACGUGUCAAAGCUGCAGAGAAGUGUGGAUACACUCCAGGACAAGAUGAAGGUACUGCUGAAUGAGAAGGAUGAGUUGGAAGGCAGAAACAGGACCCUGCAGGAGGAGAUGGAGAUGUACAAGAACCAUCUGAGCCAGUCAGAGACAUCAGUGGGUGGUCAUGUACAGGAGAUCGAGAAACUGACCAGUGGUAUUGCAGAGAGCGAGAAGGUCACUGCCAAGCUGCAGAGGAAGAUAGAGGAGCAGGAUGAGGCUUUGGACUCUUGCCGCGAGGAACUUGCUCGGGUGAAGAUAGAACUCCACCAGGAGCAGCGGCGUGUGAUGGAGCAGGUCCACGUUACACACUCAGAGCAGGAGAAUGUUACUGCACUGACUGAGAAGCUGCGCAAUGCUGAAGACAAGCUGGCCACAGAGGAGAACACCAAGGAGUUGAUGAGGCAGGAGUUGAAGAACUUCCGGGAUGCUCAGGACAAGAUGUCACAGGACCUUGCAGCGAGUAAGUCAGAAUGUCACAUGAUGAAGACACAGAUCUGUCGCAUGGAAGAAGACUUUGCUCAAGAGAACACAGUCCUCCUGUCAGAGAACUCGGCCAUUCACCGAGACCUGGAGAAUGUUCUCAAGGAGAAGGAGGUCCUCCAGGCCCAGGUGUGCUCCCUGCAAGAUGAACUGUGCAAGACUCAGGAGAAUGUGGAGUGUACAGAGGGGCCAAUGUUUGCUCUACAACAGGCCAACAACGGACUGAAGCAGAGACUCCUGCACCUGAAUGAAAGAUACAACAAACUCACAGAUGAGAAGAAACAAGCUCGAGUUCGCGAGCGUGAGUUGAACCGGGAGAUAGUGGAUCUGAAGGAGAGGAUCCACAUGUGCUCAGAAGAGUACAAGCAGAUCUACAAGGAGAACAAGAAACUGCAGAAGAGAACAGACAAGCUUUUAGGACACCGGAGAUGGAGAGACACACAGAGCGAGAGCGAGAGUGUGACCACUGAGAAACUACAGACAUCCUCCAGCAAGUCCAGCCCAGCGCGCAGUACAUCAUGUGAUGCUGUGGCCAAGACAUCAGUAAUGGGUGGGUCAGAGCUCCAGGCCUUGCUGGCCACAGAGAAACAAAAGAAGGACCGCUACAAGCAGCAGCACCGUGAGGAGAAGGAGCGUUUGGAGACCCUGCGUCGCCACUAUCACGAUGAGCUGCAGGCCAAGGAUGUGGAAAUUGCCAGACUGAAGCACCUCAUCACUGGCCGAGACUCGGAAUCUGGAGACAGUGGAGCGUUGCAGCAGAAGGUUAUGUCUCUAGAGAAAUACCUGGAGGAAAAGCAGAAGAUGAUUGAUGAGCUGAACCAGAAACUCCGAGAUGUCAAACUGGAGUGUGAGACGCCUAAGCCAGCCAAGAGAAGCACCAUCCCAAAGAAGACAGAGCCAGAGGUUGUGUGCCCAGUGAAGAGUGAGGCCUGUUGUUCCUCACCCAAGCUCAUCUACGGCAACCCGUACAAGGAAGAGUCCAAGAAGCUGACCCUCCAAGAGCAGGCAGCAAUGUGCACCCCUGCUGCCGUCUCCCACCCCCCACAGACUCAACAGAUGAGUCGAUACGAUGAACAAGAGGAGGUGUUUGUGGAUGCCUCAGCGUGUCUCAUUCCUCUGCCCAGACCCAUGGAACCCGAAGUAACUUCUGAGGCCAAACUGGCAGCAGUCAAGGCAACACUUCCACAGACAGAUGGCUCAGAUGAGUUGGAUGGCCACUGCUACGGGAUGCCAGUCAACAGAUCAGGGAUCAUGCCAUCAGCUCCCCCUUCCUACGCUACACAUUCAGACAGUGGCAUGGACGACAUCAUUGUGAAGAUGGCCAAUGGAAAGUGGCUGAUCAAUGCAAACGGUGAGACUCGGAAAUGUCCACAGUGUUCAGAGGUGUUCCCGGCAGAGCUGAAGGAAGAGGACUUCAUGGAACACGUCUUGGGUCACAUGGGCGCAUCUGCCCGUCUGUGUAAGAAGCAGGUGGACGACACCAUGGACGGCAGCACUUUUGAAUAUCACGUGCAUUGCUGCAUCGGUGAGGGCUCCAACUGAUCCCUCAGGUUUGGUUACCAUGGUGAUGAUUUUUCAUGGUGAGCUGUAUAACUGAAGAAUAACUUUUGUGAUGUUUUUUGUGAGAUAUGUGUCAUUAAAAUUACAUAUAGUUUAAAAUCAUUUUGAUUACACUAACAGUGUUGUUAUAUAUUGUGAAACAUGUCAUACUAUUGACUUAAUCAUGAAGUACUAAGAAUGACAAGUCAUUCUGUGUUAAACAUAGCCAAGCAGAUUGCUCUUAUCUUACAGAUACCUGUUAACAGCUUCUUUAAUGAUGUAUUAGAUUAUGGCUGGGUGAUUUGACAUGGGUGUGCUUUGUCAGGCACUGUUAAGUACAUGACUUGUCUGGUAUGGCUAGAGCCACACUGACUGGCAUCUGUCUACAGAGUGUAACAUGUCUGUUCACUCCAUGAUGUUGCUGUUGCAGCAAUAGUAACUCCAGAUUACUAGACAGAUUCCUGGUUCAUUAUUGGGGGAUCAUAUAUUGGUAUAUCAGGGUUGUUAGUACUCUGUAAUGGGCAGUCUGUUUUACAUAUACAGAUAUAGGCUUCAUGUAUGAUCGGAGAUGGUUGUUUAAGGUGGACAGAAUUAAGGAUAUUGUUGUAGUUGUGUAGCACUCAGUUAAAGUAUUAUCAUCUGUGAUAACUAGUGUAUUAAAUACUGUGAGGUCUACUGCACCACUCCUGUACAUAGCUGGCUUCUUUACCUGCACUGUUUCACUAUGUCGUGGGUUACAAUUCAUCUAUAAUGAUGUAAAACAUGGCUUCAGAGGUAUUCAACAUUACACUCCUGCAAGUCUAGAAUCAGGUUUAUCUGUACAGAUUUUGCACGUCAUGCACAUAUUUAAUCUCAAGAUUGAUGUUCAACUAAUCUUACAUUUGAUAAUUACCCUGGCAACACACUGACAACGUUUCUGUAUCACGACACAGUCUUGACCUGGGGUCAUGAUGGAGGCACUAGAAUCUACUACACCCUUGAUGAUUAAUGUCUUGUUCAGCCUAUCAUUUACCUUACUUCAAGAGUUGUAUCAUGUAUAACAGUGUAAAUCUGGAAAGUUUCGUGAGCAGGAGAGUGUUACAAUAACUCUAAGCAACACAAACCAUCAACAGUUUCAUGAAACCUAUUUUCGCAGACCAACAAGUAAAAAAAUGGAAGGAGGAGGCAGAGUUCUUUUAUUCACUUCCAGAGUUUGUAGCAUGCAGUAGAAGAUGAUUUAAAAAACUAAUCUCUCAGGUCCUGUUGCCAUAGUUACACAUUGUUGAUCAGUUCAAUAGUUUGAAUAAAUACUGAGAUACUUUUCACCAUGCCACUUCCCAUUGAUGAAGUUGAUAGGUGCAAAAGUAACUGUGAUUUGUAAUCUUAUCAAUUGGAAGUUGCAGAACCUAAUAGUUAGGCUAUUAUUUACCACUCAUAAUAUUUUCAUGAUACAAAAUUUUCCAGAUUUCCAUUACUGUUAAAUUUACCUUACAAACAAUAUGUAUGUCUUUCAGAGAUGAUGGUUAUUAGUGCUCAUGUUCACGCUGAUUUUAGUCACAUCCAUAGCUGGCUUCUUUGUCCUUUAUAUGAACUUUUUUAUUUAUCUUUUUUUGCCAGAUUUGUCAAAUGUAGACCUUUGUUGUUCAUGUUUCAUAUUUGACCAAUAUUUGUUUUUGGAUAUAGAUUUUUCCUGUAACCAGGAUGACAUUAAUAGUAUUUACUGUUUGUCUUGUAUAAGUAGUGAGGCCCAACUUAGGGUGAGAGAAAUAUCUUGUAAUGUUUUUGACAUCGGAAGAUAAUUUUGAGACUUUUUUAAGAGUUGAUCAGCCACAAUACUGUACAGUGCGUUUGUCAGCAAGCAGGGCUUGUCACACGGCAAUAUGUUUACACUGGAGAAAUAGUGUACUAUUGCAAUAUUGCCUCGUGAUGUUAGGGAGAUGUUUAUCCUGGACCGAUCAUGUUAAUAAACAUGGUGCUUGAUGCAGUAUGUAUUGUAUUGUAACUGUAGAGACAGUGUACUGUGUGUGGAUGUGGUACAUAAGGACGCAAAGUCAGUGAGUGGUACAUACUGGUACCAGAUGUGGCAGGCUUUGUGUGGAGUUUGAGAGUGUUUCCUGUCAAAAGCUAUAAUUAGUUACCUUUCAUUACAAUAAUUACUUUUUUACAUUGUGGUGAUAAUUAAGUUGUUGACAUGAUCAUGACAAUAUAAUUUCUUAACAUUAUGACAAUGAAGAGUUUGUUUGCAAUAUUUUGAUAAACAUGAAAAAUAGUUUCUUUAUAAUAUAAAAAUAGAUAUUUUCUGAGAUCACAUGUUGACUUUUAGUUCAGUCUUGUUCUGUUUGGCUUUGUUUUUUCAAGAGUUCCAAGAGUGUCCACGUUUGGUUUAAUUUGUGAUAUGAUUUUGUUGCAUAUUGUCACCUAGUGCUGAAUCCAGACAUCAGCCACCUUUGAGUUGGUUGUAUGAGGCAUUCCAUAAACCAUGUGAGAGACAACUGCUCUUGUUGUCUAUCUGGUACAUGCUGUAGUUUAAUGUAUCAAACACUCUCCAGUAAAUGCCCCCAGUUGUUUUGAAACAAGAUUUCAUGUUGACUACAUUAAAAACAAUCUUCCUCUUUGCAUUUAAUCUGUUUGUGUAUCACUUAAUUAUUAAGAUCGGUAAGACGUCAUUUGUUCAUGAAGAUUUGAACAUUUGAAACUAUUUACAUCCUGGGUGCUUGAUACAUUAAAUGUGUAAGAAUCACCAUCAGUGGGUAGUUUUUCAUGGUGAUGAUGAGCCACAUCUAGUGCAAACAAUAAUUAGUCGUACUUGACCGACUUAUGUAUCAAUAUGAUCUGUCCUCAACACCCAGAGUCCUGCUUCUUGUUGGCUGUAGGUGCUUCUGAUCUUCGUGGUGUCUGAAUAGGUCAAAUGUACUUUCAAUUCUUCUCACCACUGUACAACAUUACACUCUAAAUUAAUGGGAAUAAAGUCAUUCACUGUA